UUAUUUUUAUUUUCAGAUACAAAGCAGAAUGGCUGAUUCUAAGUACAUUAAAGCCCGAGGCCUUCCCUGGUCCGCCACCGCCGACGAAGUCGUCGAGUUUUUCCAUGACAGCCAAGUAGUCGGCGGCAGUGCCGGUGUUCACUUCGUCAUGUCAAUGGACGGACGACCCUCUGGAACCUGCUACGUAGAAGUAUCCUCUCAGGAGGAUGUAGACGGAGCUCUAGCGAAAGACAAAGCUAAGAUGGGAAAGCGAUAUAUUGAGGUGUUCGAGGCCAGCUACAGGGAUGUGCAGGCCGACCUCAACAAGGGUAAAGGUAACAGUGUAGUUGGGGUGGAUGAUGAUGCUGUAGUUAAACUAAGGGGACUACCAUUUAGCGCCACUAAAUCCGACAUUGCGGAUUUCUUUCUGGGGCUGGAAAUCGAGGAGAAUGGGAUUAUGCUGGUGAACGACUUCCAAGGGAGACCCAAGGGAGAGGGAUUUGUCCAAUUCACAAAGACCGAAUGGGCUGUUAAGGCACUGGAUAAAAAUAAAUGCAACUUGGGGCACAGAUACAUUGAGGUUUUCCCCUCCACAAUGGAGGAAGCAAGAUUAUCCCAAAACCAAAUGGCAUAUUCGGGGCCCAUGAGAGGAGGGAGACCCGGAGGACCAAUGAGGGGAGGUAUGGGAAUGCGACCAGGACCCUAUGAUAGAAUGGGAGGUUACGGGGGAGGUAUGGGAGGUGGACGAGGAGGUUACAGCGGAGGAAUGCGCGGAGGAUACGGUGGCUACGGAGGAUAUGGAGGAGGAAUGGGAAUGGGAGGCAUGGGAGGAGGAAUGGGUGGAGGCAUGGGUAUGGGAAUGGGUGGCGGUAUGGGAGGUGGUAUGGGAGGACCCAUGGGUGGCGGUGGGCGUGGGGGUAGAAGCAUCAAAAUGCGGGGACUUCCAUUCCGUGUUACCGAACAGGAAAUUGCCGAGUGGUUCAGCUCAGUGGCUGACCCCGUCGAUAUUUAUAUCAAGUACAACAGCGAGGGUCGUCCGAGUGGGGAAGCGGAGGUUACUUUCGGCUCAGACUCCGACGCGAAAAGAGCGAUGCAGAAAGAUAAACAAAAUAUGCAGCAUCGAUACAUUGAACUCUUCUUGGAGUAAAAUCAAGGGAUUCUGGGGACAAGGAUAAACCGGGAUCUUGAGCCAACUUUCAGGUUCAUCAUUCUACUUUCCGGGAGCCGCGGGGCCUUUAAACCGGGUUCUAGGACUUUCCCCCUGGGAACUGGGACCUUGAUCAUCUUUAAAGGGAACAGGGAACGGGACCUUCAUCUUGGAACUGGGACCUGGGAACAAGGAUCUGGGACCUACUUAAUGGGACCUGGGAACCGGGACCUAUCGUAUUAUGGUUUACAUAUUUUUAAGCAUUAAUUUUUUUUCUGUUCACAUCAUUAUUUUUUAAGCUGCUUUAUCUCCGAACGUGUUGUAAAUUUCUCAGACGAAUUAAAACUGAAUUUAUUUGAGAACUGUCUUUUCCAGAA